CCCUGACACACACCAGUUUGCCCGUACAAACAUAAAUACUGUCAGACUUUCUCGCUCAUCCACUCAUGGCAACACAUCACCUCCUUGUCCUGGACAUCUUUUUCUUCCUCACUGGACUCUCAGGUAUUCACAGUGUGUCCACAGUGAGUCAUGUGUCUGUAAAGCAAGGAGGCUCCAUCACCAUCCCAUGUCUCUAUCAUCAUGGCUCUGAAAAACAUGUGAAAUACUGGUGUAGUGGAUAUUUUUUCUUUUCUUGCUCUACUCGAAUACGUACUGACUCUCAGAGUGCAUCUAAUUGGUUGUCCAUCUCUGAUAAUGUUACUACAAGAGUCUUCACUGUGACCAUGAAGAAUCUGCAACCAAGGGUCUCUGGAUAUUUCUGGUGUGCUGUGGAGAAAGGUGACAAAACUCAUCUGUAUCUGUCAGUUGCCACAGGUACUGCAGGACUCUAUGUGGACCAACAACAUGUGACUGGAGUUGAAGGACAGAGUGUCACUGUCAAUUGUAACUAUAGUAACUCUGGAGGUUUCUGCUGGUGCAGGCUGGGUGGCUCCUGUGUGGAGAGCAGAGUUGGGAAUUUAGAUGGAGCAUCAGUAGAAUUAAAGCGGAUUCCUGCCAAUGGAAAAAAAGUCAUGAUCAUAACAAUGAGUCAACUAAAAAUGAAGAACACUGGCUGGUACUGGUGUGCAGUUGGAGACCUACAGAUGCCUGUUCAUAUCACUGUCAAUCAACCAACCACAACACAGAUUAACACCACCACAAACCAGAACAAUGGGGUAACUGAUGAGAAGCGACAGGAAAGGAUCCAGAGUUUGCUGGUAGUCCUGCUCAUUCCCCUGAGCCUGUUGGGGGUGGUGAUAGCUGGUACCUUGGUCACAUGGAAGAUGUUGAUAAAACAUAAGGACAAGAAGGCAAAGGGCCAACCACCAAACACCUCAGUACAGCCUACUGAAUCUGAGCAGGACAUUACCUACAGCACUGUGAGUCACACCAAAGGAACAGCACAGCAGGGCCUAAUCCCUGAGAGCCACGGUGACUUGUACAGCAAUGUGAUUCCUAAGCAGCACAGGACAGCACAAAAUCAGGACCCAUUUCCGUAUGAUGCAGUGACAUACAGCACCGUUGUCACCAAGAACAAGACCCAACCAAAUGCAGCAGAACCAGAUGAUGUGGUCUACAGCACAGUGGCCCCACACCAGAGAUAGCAGGAGACAACAGCACAACAGAGACUGAGUAAAGUCCCUCCAAAUGACAAACCUAGGCCUUGUUCCAUUUGACUUCCUAGCUUCUACCUCUGGGGGUUACUGAUCUGGAAGGACUGAAUAAGACUAAUGCCAGUCUAUCACAGUCUUGUUCUUUUUCAUUGUGCAGGCUCUGCUGGCUUAAUAAUGCCAGUGAUGAUGUAUUAUUACAAAGGCAGAUGAAUUUAGUGUAAUUUUAGAUUUUCUGAAAAACUAACAAAGUAAGACACUGUGUCUGCUGUAAGUCAGUGUUCCUCUGUGUAUUCCAAUGUUUAAUGUAUUCCACUGACCAUGUGUAUUUCCAUGCUUCAUAUCUCAAAUAAACUACUAUAACAAGAA